AUGUUUUACCACAACGACCCUGGAGAAAAGAAUGGAGCUACCUUCUACUUCAGAGAAUUCCCCCGUAUUACUACGAAGAUCGUGGAACGCGACAACGCACCCACCGCGACAGAGAUGAGUUCUGCUGUUAUGGAAACCUUCAGCAGCAUAAAGCGCAAAGAGUGGAGCACGGGCGAGGAAGGCCUAAUGGGCUGCACUACAUUCUACAUCAUCAGCCGCAAGGGGGUGUAUGCUACGCACUGGUGGGAAAACGUGUCCUUCGACCCUGACGACUUUUGGCGGGAGCCAAUGACCCAAACGAACGAGGAAUUAUUCCAAAGCACUGUCCUUGACAUGUUAACGAGCGCAGGGAAAUAUCACCCCAGACUAGAUGCGGACCUUAUCGAGGAAGACUACAUCCGGGCCUACCUCAUUCACCCAACGACGACUUGGCAGCAGAAUCAAGGUGAUAUCGGCUACGCAGAACAGUGGCAGCAGAUCCGGACUACUGUCGGCGAGCUGGUACCAACGCUGCAAGACCCAGCACGCUGGACAGAUAUCCCGUACACGCCGGUUGAUGAACCAGAGGAACUCGAUAACGAUCGAGUAACCAAAGGAAGGAACCUCUUCAAAUACGACCCAGCUCAUGACGUUUGGGGAGGCCAGACGUAG